UUUAUUUAUUUUUUCCUUUUUGGUUGGGGGAGGCUGAGCCAGGGUCUACCUAUAUACUUCAGGAUGACCCUGAACUCACUGUAUAGCUCAGGCUGACCUCCAGUGUGCGGUGACCUUCCUCAGCUUGGUUAAUACCGGGGUUACCUUGUACAUUACCACGCCUGGCCCUUCAGUUUAUUGAAUAGCCCCUUCAGAGGUGAUGAAGAGUAUCCAUUUGAAUUGAUAGAAUAGAGAUAUUCUUAGGGAAUGCACUGUAACUAUUUGCCUUUAUUCUUGUCCUCAUUUUGUGGAUGAGGAAGAUGAAGCUUGUGGCCUAGGGGAUGAACGGUGAGCUGGGACAUUCCCUAGCCUAAGGCCCACCAUCUAAUAUCUACUCAGUACCUGUGAGCUGGGGCAGUUCUGGUAAUCAAAAGGCUGCCUUGUUCUCUCCUUCAGCACAGGAAAUUCCAAGCUGGUUUUCCAUGCCAGCUCCUCUGGUUCUGUCCCAGGAGGGGAGAACAGAGGGGUCCGAAUACCUAAGCUGACUCAAGAGAAGAUGAAAUCAGAUAUUUCAAGCUGGUUGUGUGGGCCUCUGAUUGUUGAGGGGGUGACUGUCCCUUGGAAUGGCUUGGGUUGCUUUGGGUCUAUCUGUGUACUUGCUUGGGCAGAGGGGCCUCACCCUGUUCUUGAAAUGGUUCUGGCUGGAUAGCAGCCUCUAGGUGGUGUGGGAGAAAUUUGGGACUGCUUUGGGGUGGGGACAAGAAAACACAGGUCUCCUUGUGCCUCUGGAGAGAGGGAGGCAGGAGGAAAUCAGAGACCCCAUUCCCCGCUUGGUCGUUCUUGCUUAUAGUCCGUGAUGGCGUGGUCCCCAGGACUCCUCGGUGCCAUCAUUCUGCUGUCUGUUCUCUCAGGUCCUAGCGGGGCAGGCCGCCUCAUGCCCAAACUGGCCGACCGGAAGCUGUGUGCUGAUGAGGAAUGCAGUUACCCCAUUUCCAUGGCUGUGGCCCUUCAAGACUAUGUGGCUCCCGAUUGCCGUUUCCUGACCAUACACAGGGGCCAAAUCGUGUAUGUCUUCUCCAAGCUGAAGGGUCGAGGGCGGCUCUUCUGGGGAGGCAGUGUUCAGGGAGAUUACUACGGAGACCUGGCGGCUCGCCUGGGCUAUUUCCCCAGUAGCAUUGUUCGGGAAGGCCAGACUUUGAAACCUGGGAAAAUUGACGUGAAGACAGAUAAAUGGGAUUUCUACUGCCAGUGAGCUCAGCCCUACCAUUCUUCCUGCUGUUUCCCUCCUGGCUUUAUUCAAAUACACCAGUCCCCGGCAAA